CUCAAAACCCACCAACCCCCCAGGCCCAGGCCCACCCACUUCCCUAUCAAGGCCCAAUCCCAGCCCACCACUCCUCUCACCUCCCCCAAGCAGCGCCGCCCUGCCGACGAGAACAUCCGCGACGAAGCCCGUCGCAACAACAUCACCCACGACAACCUCUUCUCAGCCUGCUACGUCCCCUUCAACGCCGACCCUUCCUCCACCGAGUCCUACUCCCUCGAUGAGAUCGUUUACCGCUCUCAAUCCGGCGGCCUCCUCGACGUCCAGCACGACAUGGCCGCCCUCAAGAAGUUCGACGGCGAGUACUGGCGCAACCUCUUCGAUUCCCGCGUCGGCCGCACCACCUGGCCCUACGGCUCCGGCGUCUGGUCCAAGAAGGAGUGGGUGCUCCCCGAGAUCGACAGCGAUGACAUCGUCAGUGCCUUUGAGGGAAACUCCAAUCUCUUCUGGGCCGAGCGUUUCGGCAAACAGUUCCUCGGCAUGAACGAUCUCUGGGUCAAGCACUGCGGCAUCAGCCACACCGGCAGCUUCAAGGAUCUCGGCAUGACCGUUCUCGUCAGCCAGGUGAACCGCUUGAGGAAGAUGAAUAGACCUGUGGUUGGUGUUGGUUGUGCUUCAACUGGAGACACCUCUGCUGCUUUGUCUGCUUACUGCGCUUCUGCGGGGAUCCCUUCCAUUGUGUUCUUGCCUGCUAACAGGAUCUCCAUUGCGCAGUUGGUGCAGCCGAUUGCGAAUGGUGCUUUCGUGCUGAGUAUUGACACCGAUUUUGAUGGUUGUAUGCAGCUGAUUAGGGAGGUUACGGCCGAGCUGCCGAUAUAUUUGGCGAAUUCUUUGAACAGUUUGAGGCUUGAGGGGCAGAAGACUGCUGCUAUUGAGAUUCUGCAGCAGUUUGAUUGGCAGGUCCCUGAUUGGGUCAUUGUCCCCGGCGGCAACCUUGGCAAUAUUUAUGCUUUUUACAAAGGGUUUCAUAUGUGUAAAGAGUUGGGGCUUGUGGAUAAGAUUCCCAGGCUCGUUUGUGCCCAGGCUGCGAAUGCCAAUCCUUUGUACUUGUACUUCAAGUCAGGGUGGAAAGAUUUUAAGGCGGUGAAGGCUAAUACUACCUUUGCAUCUGCCAUACAAAUUGGUGACCCUGUUUCAAUUGACAGGGCUGUUUAUGCCUUGAAGAACUCGAAUGGGAUUGUUGAGGAGGCGACUGAGGAGGAGUUGAUGGAUGCCAUGGCUCAAGCAGACUCCACUGGCAUGUUUAUUUGCCCUCACACUGGAGUGGCUUUGACUGCAUUGUUUAAGUUGAGGAAUAGUGGGGUUAUAAAGCCUACCGAUAGGACUGUGGUGGUGAGCACGGCUCAUGGGUUGAAGUUCACUCAGUCCAAAAUCGAUUAUCAUUCCAAGGAUAUCAAGGAGAUGGCUUGCAGAUAUGCUAACCCGCCGGUGCAAGUGAAGGCGGACUUUGGCUCGGUUAUGGAUGUGUUGAAGAAGUAUUUGCUGAGUAAGGCUCCAAAGCAUUAGGUCAGCAUUGCAAGUUUUGGCCCUGUUUCCCUUCUUCAUUGCUGCUUAUUUCCUUUAGGCACUCCAAUCUAUUGUCUUUUUUGUUAGCUUUAAGUAUUAUAACUUGCAUUCUGUAUACUGCUUUAUGGUAGAAUAUGCUUACUGAUUUUGUUGUAGACUAUUUAUUUGUUGAGCAUGUUUAGCUCUCCCGCACAAAUGAGUUUGAUAAAGCGAGGAAUGCGCCCUCUUUGGUUUGUUACUGGGUUAUGAAAUCCCAUUCAUGUUAUGCUCUAACCAAACUGUAGGUGCUACCUUACAACUCUGCAAUCAAAGGACGAUUCUUCAGUUGUAAUUUUUGCUACAGAGUUGAGGCCAAAUUACUUCUGUUAUUUUUGCUUUUGCAGUUGUUGAGUGUUUAAUUGUUUAUAGAGUUGACAGAAAGUUGAAAGUUUUA